AUGGACGGUCCGGCGGUGCUGUCGAUGCCGCCGCUGACUUCGUCGCAGAAACCGGCACAGUCGCCACAGCCACAGUCGCAUCCGAAACAGAAUCAGAGCAUCGUGGUGCAUCUAAAUCGAUAGGAGUUGCAGGUGGGCACCGUGUCGCUUUAUGGAAUCCACAUCGUGUCGCUAGUGAUCGAGGGUCAGGAAAGACUGUGUCUGGCGCAGAUCAGCAACACCCUGCUGAAGCAGUUCAGCUAUAACGAGAUCCACAAUCGUCGGGUGGCGUUGGGUAUCACCUGCGUGCAGUGCACGCCGGUUCAGCUGGAAAUACUUCGUCGUGCCGGCGCGAUGCCGGUGUCCUCGCGCAGAUGCGGCAUGAUCACACGAAGAGAGGCGGAACGUCUCUGUAAAUCCUUUCUCGGCGACAACGCGCCGCCUAGAUUGCCGGAGGACUUUGCGUUCUCCGUGCAUCACGAGUGCGCUUGGGGCUGUCGUGGCGCUUUCCUGCCGGCUCGGUAUAACAGCUCGCGCGCCAAGUGCAUCAAGUGCGCGUACUGCGGCCUGUUCUUCUCGCCGAACAAGUUCAUCUUCCAUUCGCACCGCAUGGGCCCGACGGACAAGUACGUGCAGCCUGACGCGGCCAACUUCAACUCGUGGCGCCGGCACAUGAAGCUGACCGGCAGUCAGCCGGACGAGAUAGUGCACGCUUGGGAGGAUGUCAAGGCGAUGUUCAACGGUGGCACCAGAAAACGCUUGCUCAGUAACUCGAACAGCUCUCGGGAAUCGCCGAGUCCGGCGAAGCAGCCGAGAUCGUCGCCUACUAGCACCCCGCAAAUUCCUAGUUUGGUACCGACACCGGCGCAUCCUCGCGUACCACCGUUUCCGGAACUACCGCUGCCACUGUCACGAAGUCUUGUUAUGGAUUACGUAUGGCAUCAGCAUCAGCAGGCGGCGGCAGUAGCUGCGGCUAAAACACCCGGCCCCUUCGCCUUUCCGCCUUACGCUCUACCCUGGUUGGCCAAGCGCAGUCCCGUCCUGUUUCCUGGACCGUUACCUCCGCCCAUAAGCGGAUCCAGUCCCACGGAACCUCUACUCUCUACCGUCAAUCCACCCUUACAUCAGUCCGCGUUCCGUCCGGUGAUUCGCGGACCACCUAUCGUCGAACCGACGAUCGUUCCCGAGCGACCGGCGGACAAUCAGAAGGACGAAAACUCCGACGAUGAGGUUGACAUCGAGACGACGGAGGACGAUCCGGUAACGCCGCUCAACGCUAGUCUUCAGAAUCUUCAUUCCGCCUCCAAUUCCGCCAUGAGCAACCACAGCGGACGAAGUACGUCGCCGCAGUGCUGGAGUCCGCCUCGGGAAACGGAACGAGAAGCUGAAAAGAUCGCUGAGGAAGCUGCAUCUCUGCGCGACGUGAAACCGGAAUUGCCGCCAGCGAGAAGUCCCGAGACCUGGCAUGGUAAUGCUUACUACCGACAUCUCAAUGUUCUGAAAGGGAACGAGUCAGCGGCGGAAAGGGCGGGUUCCGAUUGCUCGGCUUGCCGUCCUUCACGCAGUAUGUUUUACGGCCAAGUCCACAGUCCGUCCGCGUCGACCAAUUAA